CUGGAUGAGUCUGUGAGUGCUGAGGAGUCAAGUGCUCCACAGGCAUCCCUGGCAAGCUGGCACCAGACCCCACUCAGCAGAGAAUCCCAGCAGGCGCGCUCCCUCCUUUUUCAUGCCAGAGGGCCUUCAGAGGCCGCCAUCAGGAGCGCUCCUUGGGGCUCCCCUGGUGGAGAAGGAAGCUUAGGGUCUGUGAUGUUCUGGUCCCCCACAGUAAGAGGAAAGAGGACACUGUGGAUGUCUGUGAAUCUCCUCCAGCACUCUCAGCCUCACAGGCCUCAUCGCCCUAGCUCUGUGGGAAGCCGCCCCUCCCCUCUGCACACAGAUGGAACAGUCUGUGUUUUCCUGGCAGGGUCCCGGGGGCAUCAUUGGGGGAGGCUGGGCAUCCCAGGGAGCCUCCCCUGGGCCUGGCUGCCACUGCACCGCUGAGAGCAUGGCGGACUACCUGAUCAGCGGCGGCACCGGCUACGUGCCCGAGGAUGGGCUCACCGCGCAGCAGCUCUUCGCCAACGCCGACGGCCUCACCUACAACGACUUCCUGAUUCUCCCAGGAUUCAUAGACUUCAUAGCUGAUGAGGUGGACCUGACUUCAGCCUUGACUCGGAAGAUCACGCUGAAGACGCCACUGAUCUCCUCCCCCAUGGACACUGUGACAGAGGCUGACAUGGCCAUUGCAAUGGCUUUGAUGGGCGGUAUUGGUUUCAUUCACCACAACUGCACCCCAGAGUUCCAGGCCAACGAGGUGCGGAAAGUCAAGAAAUUUGAACAGGGCUUCAUCACAGACCCCGUGGUGCUGAGCCCCUCGCACACCGUGGGCGACGUGCUGGAGGCCAAGGUUCGGCAUGGCUUCUCCGGCAUCCCCAUCACUGAGACGGGCACCAUGGGCAGCAAGCUGGUGGGCAUCGUCACCUCCCGAGACAUCGACUUCCUUGCCGAGAAGGACCACACCACCCUCCUCAGUGAGGUGAUGACACCGCGGAAUGAGCUGGUGGUGGCUCCAGCCGGUGUAACAUUGAAAGAGGCAAAUGAGAUCCUGCAACGCAGCAAGAAAGGAAAGCUGCCCAUUGUCAAUGAUCGUGAUGAGCUAGUGGCCAUCAUUGCCCGCACCGACCUGAAGAAGAACCGGGACUACCCUCUGGCCUCCAAGGAUUCCCACAAGCAGCUGCUGUGUGGGGCGGCUGUGGGCACCCGCGAGGAUGACAAGUACCGCCUGGACCUGCUCACCCAGGCGGGCGCCGAUGUCAUAGUGCUGGACUCAUCCCAAGGGAACUCUGUGUAUCAGAUCGCCAUGGUGCACUACGUCAAGCAGAAGUACCCCCACCUCCAGGUGAUUGGGGGGAAUGUGGUGACAGCAGCUCAGGCCAAGAACCUGAUUGAUGCUGGUGUGGACGGGCUGCGUGUGGGGAUGGGCUGCGGCUCCAUCUGCAUCACCCAAGAAGUGAUGGCCUGUGGUCGGCCCCAGGGCACUGCCGUGUACAAGGUGGCUGAGUACGCCCGGCGCUUUGGGGUGCCGGUCAUAGCUGAUGGUGGCAUCCAGACCGUGGGGCACGUGGUCAAGGCCCUGGCCCUUGGAGCCUCCACAGUGAUGAUGGGCUCCCUGCUGGCUGCCACCACGGAGGCCCCUGGCGAGUACUUCUUCUCGGAUGGGGUGCGGCUCAAGAAGUACCGGGGCAUGGGCUCAUUGGAUGCCAUGGAGAAGAGCAGCAGCAGCCAGAAACGAUACUUCAGUGAGGGGGAUAAGGUGAAGAUCGCACAGGGCGUCUCGGGCUCCAUCCAGGACAAAGGCUCCAUUCAGAAGUUCGUGCCCUACCUCAUCGCGGGAAUCCAGCACGGCUGCCAGGAUAUCGGUGCCCGUAGCCUCUCUGUCCUGCGGUCCAUGAUGUACUCAGGAGAGCUCAAGUUUGAGAAGCGGACCAUGUCGGCUCAGAUCGAGGGUGGUGUUCACGGCCUGCACUCUUACGAGAAGCGGCUGUACUGAAGACGGUGGUGGCCGAGGCAGCGGAGGGGAUGCCCCCCAGGACCCCGCUUUGGGCACAGUCUCCCUCCAUAACUGAGCGGUCCACAGAUUUGCACUAUGGGUUCCCUAGCUCUUUUCCAGGGAGAGAAGAGGGGAGGCCCUGAGGGUCUGGGGCCCCUUCCUGGGCAUCCCCCACAGACUCAGGACUGCUCCUGGGGCCAGGCUGCCCUGGGAGCCCCCUGGGUCCCCCCUUCUUCAGUCCCCCUGAGCCCAGCCAGCCUGGGCUCUCAGGCCCUGCGCCUGCCUCAGGUCUUUCUCGCUGCAGCCUGCUCCGGCCCAGCUCCUACUCCUGGGACAGGUGGCCCCUCCUGGCUUCUCCUGUAGGGCACCUCUCUCCCCAACCCCCACCCUGGAUAUGGUGCUCUCCUGGCCCUGCCGCUGGCCCCUUCCCAGGCUGCUGCCCCCUCAACCAUGUGGCACUUCUGGGCUCCUGACCUAGGCCAGAGGGAGGUCUCUGCCCCCUUCCCCUGGCGCUAGGCUAUUUGGGCUCUGUUCCUCAGGCCGCUCCCCUAUCUCUGGCCCUGGGGAGGAGGCUGCCCAUCAUUCCUGACUCACCACCAUCCCCAGGUGUACCAUUCCUGCCCUCUCCUCUCAGCUGCAGUUGAAGGCUUUAACUUUGCACACUUGGGGUCACAGUUGCGUCAUUGUGUAUUAAAUAAUCUGAAUAAAUCCAGAGGUCUCAAUGCCUC